AUGUACCCCGACAGGCAGCGUCGCGUCUUGAGCGCUCCUUCAAAAAACUCCACUGGUGAAACUCUCCUCGUGACAGCAGAUUUUGAUGGAGUGAAGUCGGCGGUACCGUCCGUGACGGUAUGCUUGUGCUACCGGCCUCACAAGAACAAAUUCUUAGUCACUGUGGUCAAGGCAAAAGACCUGAAGAAGUCCACAGUAAGAAAAGACUCGUACGUUGAGGUGAAUCUUUUCCGAGGCAUUGGCGAUAAAGCAAGAAUGCAGACAGUCCGCACAAAGUCCUACUUCGGCGGCCGGAACCCGGUCUACAAGGAAGCAUUCUCCUUUGAGCUCCCUAGCAGGGGCUUGGCCUCCGUCUACACCGAGCUGUCGUUUACUGUGCGUCGUCAUAACCUUGUAAGGACCGACGAGGUUCUGGGCCGGGUGACUCUUUCCAGCGAGAUGCUCCUCAGGUGGAAGAAGUCUCAGUCUUUGGCCGGUACACUGGACGAGGCUUUUAGCGUCGGCACCGACUGGCCGGCAGAGGGCACCAGCAUGGAACCACGAUGGAACCGUGCAAAGGAGCUCUGCUGGUUGACCCCCGCCCGGAUACCCGUAGCCUGCGGCGCCGGCGCAGUACUGAGCUUUGUUUUCUUGUUUUGGGCGGCGUUGCCAAGGACAUAA